CUUGUGAUAUUCAAAGAAGAAUGAUGGUCCUUCUUCCUUCGAUGAGUUGGUAUCCUAAGAACAACAACGUUGGAUCCUGUCUCAAAGCACUCACCUGUCUUUGGAAGCCAUUGAAGCUCGUCUUCUGAACUCGGUUUCUAAGCAUUCAUUGCAACUUACCCUUUUUUCUCUUUUGGGCCGUGAAGCCUGUUUUUUCAAGCAAAGCUUGCCUUUUUGAGUCACCAAAGUCUAACCCCACUUUGGAACUUUGCUUUUUCCUUUUUGGGUAUGUGAGCUUAGCCUCACUUUAGAGUCUCGUGCGUGAUCCCCGAGAAAGCAAAACCCAGUUUCUGGUUUGGUUUUGGUCUCUCACAAUGAGCUCCUCUACAAGGUUGGAUUCAGUUAUGUUUCAGCUCACACCGACUAGAACCAGAUUUGACUUGGUUAUAACUGUGAAUGGAAAGAAGGAGAAAGUUGCAUCAGGGUUGCUCAAUCCAUUUCUAUCCCACUUGAAGUCAGCUCAAGAUCAAAUAGCAAAGGGUGGUUAUUCAAUUGUUCUUGUGCCUGGGCUUGACAGUGAUGCCUCAUGGUUUACCAAGGGAACAAUUGAAAGGUUUGUUCGCUUUGUGAGCACUCCAGAGAUAUUGGAGCGUGUAUAUACUUUAGAAUCCGAAAUUGCACAAAUUGAAGAGGCAAUUGCAAUUCAAGGAAAUAAUUCUGUAGGGAUGAGCUUUGUAGAAGAAAACCAAAUAAAACAUGCGGAAAGCACUGAAGGUAAUUUUGAAAGAACAGGCAGGAACACUCAACAGGAUACAAAUGAGGAAAAAACUAUUGUACUUUACAAGGUUAGGAAAGUCUUGAAUACCCUAAUCUUAUAUAGAUUUAUUAUUUUCUUAUCUGUUUGUGUGGAUUUGUACCAGUCUGAUACACAGCCACUUGAUACAAAUGGAGGCACCAAAUCAGAAGGAAACUCAAAAGUUCAGCUUUUGAAAGUCCUGGAGACACGUAAAUCUGUGCUGCAGAAAGAGCAAGGAAUGGCAUUUGCACGUGCUGCUGCUGCUGGUUUUGACAUUGACUACAUGCCAGCUUUGAUGUCAUUUGCCGAAUGCUUUGAAGCAUCACGCUUGUUGGAUGGGUGUAGAAAUUUUAUAUCUCUAUGGAAAAGAAAGCAUGAAAGUGGCCAAUGGCUUGAAAUUGAAGCUGCCGAAGUCACACCCAAUCGUGCUGGCACCUGUGCAAUUAAUGCUUCUGGCAUAGUGAUUUCUAAUAUGGUUACUACAUCCCAUGCUGAGUUGGACUCAGAAAGUAACGGGAAAACUAAUUCAGCAGACAGACAACCAACUGCAGGUUACCAAGAUAAUGUUCAAGGUCAUUUUCCAAACAGUGGCUUCUCCUCUUGGCCUGUUCAUUCUCCCCCAGGUGCUUUACCAAUGUUUCAUACUUAUCCAGUGCAAGGGAUACCCUACUAUCAGAGUUAUUCUGGCAACAGCCCAUUUGUGCAGCCAGUUUCCUCACCUAUGGAGGAAUCCAGACUAAAUGCUAGUCCAAAUGUGGGACAUAGAAGGCAUUCCAUGGAUAAUGGACAGUAUACUGAAUCUGAAACUCCGGAUGAAAUGGCUAUGGAAAGGGAGGGUUCACUGACUGGAGAACGACGAAAGAAGGCUGGGCGAUCAGGCAGACACAGAUCUGGUAUGGUGGUCAUUCGGAACAUCAACUACAUAACAAAGACAGAACGAUCUUCUGGAAGUGGAUCAUGUUCAGAUUAUUCUUCUGAAACUGAUGAAGAUAAAGAGGUUCAGGAAUCUGUUAAGACAUCAAAAAGAAGAGGGUCCAGUGACAAAUCCUUCAAAAGGCUGAAUUUAUCUGAUAAGGAAGUAACAGACUCUGGGAAAGAUGCUGAUGGAGGACAGUGGCUAGCAUUCCAAAAUUGUUUACUGCGAGGCGUAGAUGAAGAUAGGCAUGCCGUUGACCAAGACAAGUUUGAUGAAGUGAGAAGAAGAAAACGUAUUGCAGGGAAUGAUCCUAUAGAUUUUACUGAGCGGAAUAUGCAUGAAGUUCAAGCUGGUGAAGCCUUAGCCAUGCAGAGAAUUAGUAAUGGAUUGACCCAUAUGCCUAGGUCAUCAUCUAAUGAUGGUUUCUUGUUAUCAAGAAGCUCGGGACAGUCGGUUAAUGGUAGGUCCGUGGAUGCUAUGCAGUCUUUAGAAAUAGAUGGAAGGAUUGGUUAUAGAAGGGGGGCAAAUGAUGAUUUUGUUAAUGGACUAGGUUAUUCAAGCAAUAAAUUGGAAAGGAAGUUAUUUCAUGAUAUGAACGAUGACUCCUAUGUAGUGAGAGUCAAUGAUUCAGGAAAUCUAGAGAGAAAUGCUAUUGAUAUGGACUCAGAGUUCCCAAAGGUACACAAGAAGGAAGAGAAUAAUUCCAAUUAUCAACCAGAUGAAUUGAGUUUGAUGCCUGAACGACGAGUAGAAAAGGGGUCAAGGGAUUAUGAUCGUGCCUUAGACUAUGAAAUGCAGGCUCAGAUAGGUGGUGGUGCUUUGCAAGAUAAAAAGAACAAAGGUCUGAAACCAAGAUCCAAGAUGAUGGACAAAGAUCCGAAAUCAAAACCUACUCCAAAUAGUUCUGAUCUAAAAAAGACUAUUGGGCCAGUAAGGAGAGGAAAGACUAAUAAACCGAGUCCAUUGGAUGAAGCACGAGCACGUGCUGAAAGACUACGAAACUACAAAGCUGAUCUCCAGAAAAUGAAGAAAGAGAAGGAAGAGGAAGAGGUAAGACGCCUCAAUGCUUUAAAGAUGGAGAGGCAAAGGAGAAUUGCUGCCAAGAGUAAUUCAAUGGCUACCAAGUCAUCCACGCCACCACAGCAAACAAAGAAACAGAUUCCUGCGAAGCUUUCACCUAGUUCUUAUAAAGGCUCUAAAUUUAGUGAUUCAGAGCCAUGUUCAUCCUCACCCUUCCAAAGAUUUCCAAUCAGAACAGCUUCUGUUGGAUCCAAUGAUUCUUCCAAAGCCCCCAAAACCGGCAGAUUGAAUACAAACAAGUUAAGUCGAUCAGCGCCUUCUCUGCCUGAAUCCAAGCGAGAGAAGGGUGAUGGUACCACUGAUACUAAGGCGUCAAUGGCUAGAAUUAGAAGAUUGUCAGAACCUAAAACGAGUACAAUUCGUCAUACUUCGUCAAUAUCUGUCAAACCAAGAGGUGCUAGGACAAGUUCAAUUACUAAAGCAACUAAUGAGACUGAUAUCAGAAAGAUUUCAGCUAUUGUGAAUCAUGAUAAAAGCAAGACUACAACUCUCCCUGAACUAAGAAUGGGAACAUCUAAAGCAAGUGACAUUGUCCAAACUGGAUCGUCAGUUAAAGAGAGGACACAGAAACUGAAUAUUAACAACUCUUUGAAUUUAGAAGGCACCUUGCUGAAGAAAAAUGAAUUUGAAAUCUCACCUUUCGACGAUGAAGAUGACAAUCCUAUUAUUGAGAAGACCGUUGUAAUGCUCGAACGUGAAAAACCUUGUGCUCCCAAUAGUAAUGAUGGCAAGGCAAAAUCAAAAACAAGGAUACUGAAGGGUCAGUAUGAGACUGAUAGAGUAAUGGUGAAAACUGAAACAGUGCCAAGUUAUGUUGCUCUUCAAACAUCAGUUUCGGUAGAUACAGAAGCCUCAGACAAAAAAUCACAUGUGAAACCUGGAUCAUCCAAGGUUACAUUGAAUGAUAUGGAGAAAGAGCCUACAAAAUCGUCUAGCAUUCAUAUUACAGAUAAAACAUAUCAUUCCCCUCAUGUUCGAGUUUCUUCUUUAGAAGAUUGUAGUACACAAAGCUCUGAGUACGGUAAAGCACCUUCUGCAAGCUUUGACAGUGCAUCAAUUGGUACGGAGACUUUUAGAUCACGAGUGUCUGAUUCCAGAAAUUCAACUCUUGAAAAGAUUCCGGAGGUGAUUGAGAAGCCUCAGGUAAAGGAAUCAUCUAAGGGGUUGAAACGGCUGUUAAAAUUUGGAAGAAAGAACCAUGACUCGCCACCUGCUGCUGGUCGCAACAGUAUUGAUGACUCUGAAGCAAAUGAGAUUGGAAAGAAUGGUUCCCCCAAUGAAGUUCAUACACUGAGGAAUUUGAUCUCUCGAGAUGAAACUCCCCAAAGUGCAACUCCUCAAAAGUCUUCUCGCUCUUUCUCCUUGUUAUCACCCUUUCGAAGCAACAAAGGAAAAAAGAUAAUGAUGUCUUGACAGAAUUUAUGCUGUUACUUGCGGUUGUGGCAGUGACCAUUUACUUGAUUCUUUCCAUUUUUAUCUUUUUUUUUUUGUUUUAUAUUUUUCUUAGCUGAGAUUAUUUUGCUGUUGGAGUGUGUCUGUUAACCAAAAGCAAUUUUAGGCCCUCCUUUUGACACAGUUCUUGAGUUUCAAAACCUCGACAAAUUAUUUGGAAAUCUAAAUGGGGAAAUUGAUUCUGAAUCCUUAA